GCAAACCACCUUUCCCUUCCCGCAAAAGGAACGGCGUUAUCCAGCACAAAAGCAGCAUGUACCGACAGCGAGUUCAUGUGCGUGUCCGACCAGGAGUGUAUAAGCCUGGACUGGGUGUGUGACGACUUUCCCGACUGCGACGACAGGAGUGACGAGGAACCCAAGUUCGACUGCUCGAAUUUUAACCCAGAGGCAGCUAGCAGUUCCGCCGGCAGCAGCAGUAGUAGCAGCAGCGGCAGCAGCAGCAGCGGCAGCAGCAGCAGUGGCAGCAGCGGCGGCAGCAGCUUCAACACCAACACCGACGAUGACGAUGUUUCCGCCGAAGAAGCGCCUGAAGAUGUCCCGGAGGUCUCCGGCGGCCUCUCGCAAGGACCUGCACCUUUCCCGCACUGCAACCGCAUUACAGGUCGCGGCAAGAUGAAGUUCCUGGACGGCCGGGCCUACAUGUACAAGUACCAGACCCAAACCACAACUCAAGUGGUAGGUUCCUCGCCCAAGAACACGACCAUAUCGAUGGAGGCGGAGCUUACCCUUAACGUUCUCACCGCCUGCGAAAUGGAGCUUGUUGUGUCAGGUAUAACCAUCCUAACGAGCAAGAGCGACAACCAGGGGGAAAUGGAGACAGUAAAUGACCCGGCUUUCACGGCGGCGCUCACCAAGAACCCACUCAGGUUUUCAUACCAAGAUGGCGUCGUGGAGGAGGUGUGCCCUGCUUCCGACGAGGACCCGCGCGCUCUCAACUUCAAGCGCGCCGUCAUCUCCCUCCUGCAGAAUUCCAUGCCCAGGCUCGACCUCGAUCACCAUGCUGUUGAAACAGACAUCGUGGGCGAGUGCGAAGUCGACUACUCGGUGGUCGGGGCUGAGGGAAUCCUGCUGCUCCUCGAGAAGACUCGCAACAUUGCAUCAUGCCGCGGUCGCUCCUCAACCACCAGCUUCAUGCAAGGCGUCCCGUACUCGUUCGAUGGGGGCCUCCAGACGCUGCCGCUCCUGAACACGACCAGCAAGUGCGUUCAGUCUAUCGGCGAAGGAAUGGUCAAGGGCGCCUCCUGCCUCGAACACCACCGCUUCACGCCCUUCAGCUCCGAGAAGGGCGGGAUCUUGACCACCGUGUCUCAGAACCUGACUUUUAUUUACCACAAGUCUUCCUACGCUAAGAUGGGUCCCAUCCACGUUCGUACGGACUUGAAGUACGACCAUCACAACCACAUUCACGUCGAGGGUCUGGACGCCAAGAACAUGAACGACUCGCAAGAAUGGAGGGCUCGCUCGGACCUGAUCCUCGACCAGAUUGCAGAGAACAAAAAGACCGAAGGCGUGGCCACCAGCGCCCCUCGCCUGUUCAAAGAGCUCGUGCAGUCGCUUCGGCAUCUCGACUACGCUCAACUGUGGGCCAUCUCUGAGGAGCGGGCGUGGGGACCCGAGCGAGGUGUGUUCGACGACGCCCUCCCCAUGGUGGGCACGGGCGGGAGCGUGGGCGUGAUGAGGGACCUGAUGGAGGGCGGAAAGGUCAACGACAUCAUGACCAACACUUGGCUCACUUCCCUGUCCUUCAUUCCCAGACCCGACCUGGACACGAUCGAGAUGGCGGCGCCCUUGCUCGAGACGGAGGCCGUGCCCGCCGACGCCUUCUUGGGCGUGGGCGCGCUGGUCCACUCGUACUGUCGAGAUCACCCAGCCUGCAGUAGCGAGCCGCCCGUGCAGCGAGUCAUGGACGCCCUCCACGGCUUCUUGGAAGGAGGCUGCCACAGGGAGUCUUCCGAUGACAAAAUUCAGAUCCUGAUGGCGCUGAAGGGGCUGGAGAACGCAGGUCUAGCCGUGAGCGAGACCAUUCCGACGACCCUAGACCAGUGCAUCCAAAACGAGUCUAACGAGAACGAAAUCCGACUAGCUGCUAUCUCUGCUUUCAGGCGGUUCCCCUGUGGCGUCUCCCGCGAGCCAGUCCGCCACGUGUUCCUCGACCCCGUGAUGGACUCGGAGCUUCGAAUAGCCGCUUACUUGGGGCUGAUGCGCUGUAUCGACUACGCCACGGUGCAACUCGUCAAGCAUGUGUUGCUCCACGAAGAGGUCAAUCAAGUUGGCUCGUUCGUCUGGACACACCUGCUGAACAUGAAGGAGAGUGGGCUGCCUUCGCGAGCUGAGGUUCAAGGACUUCUUUCCAACCAAGAGAUAUCGUCCAAGUUCAGCGCAGAUGUUCGCAAGUUUUCCCGUAACUUUGAGUGGUCUGGAUUUUACGAUGAUCUUAAUAUCGGAGCGGGAGUGGACGCCAACAUCGUCUUUUCGCAGCAUUCGUACAUCCCUCGUUCGGUCACCUUCAACUUCACGACAGAUCUCUUCGGCCGUUCUCUCAACCUGCUCGAGUUCGGCGCCCGGGCAGAAGGCUGGGAACGCUACACCGACUCCAUCUAUCGGCAUUUCCAAGACUCAGACGAGCAGCACAUCAGCAACCCGAAGAUUCGUAACAUGAUAGCCAUUUCGAAAAAGAAAGAGGAAUAUUUCGGCAAAGCAGCUGAGUUGUCACUCAACUUGAAGACCUUUGGCAACGAGAUCUACUACCGCCAUCUACACGGGAUGGACAAAAUCGUGGAGGCCUUUAAUGCUCUUAGUCCCAUUGAGAGAAUUAUUAGACUUAAUCAAGGAGAGGCCAUCAACAUGCAGAAGUCGUGGCUGGCCUCCGAGUCGGCCUUCAUCAUCCCGACCACAGCUGGAGUGCCACUUAACCUCACCCUCACCGCCAGCAUCGCCCUCGACGUUCACGCCAGCGGAAAUCUGGAUAUUUUUGACUUCGCUAAGACGGGGCAGGCGAGUAUCAGCGGUCAGCUCAAACCUAGCGUGGGCGUUGAAGUAGUGGGCUCCAUGCUGGUUGACGGCCACGCUGCUCAAUCCGGCGCACAGCUGGUGACAACUCUCCACUCUUCCACCGUGGUUGACGGGAGGUUUGACAUCGGUGGGUCAGAGUUCGUGCGGGUUGACAUCAACAUGCCCAGAGAGAAGGUCGAGAUCAUGAACUUCACCUCGAACCUGGUCCUCGUCCACGGCAGCGUCGAGGCGGGGGCGGAGCGUUCCAAGGAGACCCUAGAGGGCGUGGCCAACGACCGAGAGGAGCUGGCCGACUGCUCCGGCUACGAACAGCAGAUCGGCGCCAAACUGUGCUGGAGUCUGCAGUACCCGAACGCUUCCCGGGUACCUGAGAGCCCCUUCUACCCACUGACGGGACCUUCGAAGCUACAGGUGGUGCUGCAUAAGAUUGACCCGACGCUCACUUCGUACCAGAUGCGUUAUACCUGGGAAAGAAGACCGCAUUAUCGCACGUUUUUGGUAUCCUUGAACACACCCGGGACUGCUAUAUCAAGAGAGCACAGCAUCAGAUAUAAUAUCAACUUCAGAUCACAAAAUGUCUACCUGGACCUAAAUUCUCCGCGUGCAAAUCUUUCCGCGAGAGGUCGUUACGUGUGGACGGACACGGACCAGCGGAUGGACCUGAGCGUUUCGGUGAACAACCACGAAACGGCGACUGUUGCGGCCGGAUUCACGCGCUACAAGAAGUCCGGGAGCAAGGUCGUCACGCCCAUCUUCACUGUCACUUGGAAGGAACAGGAACUCGUCAAAGUGUCUGGCACCAUCGACCUUCGCGAGAAACGAGGAGCCCGCCUGUACGAGGUGGACAUGCAGGUGGCCUACCUCCUGCAGAACCGUCGCGGGAACUGGGAGCCUACGACGGGGACCAUAAAGGGGUCCCUCAGCGAUAACGGCUUCGAGAGAAACGCUAAUCUGCAAGUGGAUUAUGUCCCCUCUGUCCGAGCGCCCGUCGAGAACAUCAUGAUCGAGUAUCGCGUCGCCAAUUCCUCCACGGUGUCAGACAGCAAGUUCGAGCGCCGUUGGAGGUUCUUCUUCUCGCAGUUCCCCAAUAUUAACUUCAAGGGCGUGUGGUUUUUCAAGAGACAUUUCGGAUCCAUGGAAAACACUUUACAAGUCAAUCUAGGAGAAAACUUUGAGAAUCCAGAGUACCGCGUGGACAUCUUCCAGCUGUUCACUUUUUAUCACUUGGAUAGCAGGACCACAUUCAACUCGACAUUUAACGUAAAGCAUCAGAGGAGCAACUUGGACUUCAAGAUAGGCGCAGACUGGUUCCACGACGAAUAUUUUUUGAACACUGGCAUCCUCGUUCAAUAUGCAACAAACAAAGAGGUCGUGUCGCAGCUCCACCUCCGGAAGGAACCGACCGGCUUCCUCAGCGCAGAAGGCUACUGGUUCCUGCGGGUGCCCGGCUGGACCAGCGUCGAGGUCAAGGGCGACGUCAAGGAACUCAGGAACAAGAUCUAUCAGUUCGACGGCGAGGUGCGCUACGGCCCGGACUGGGUGCUUGAGGUGGGGGGGCGGUACGGCGACCUCUCGACGCGCCUGCAAUCUCUGCACGACCUGCUCCUCGACGUGACGCUGCCCGGACGAGGCCUCACGCAGAUCAACGCGACCUUCCACGCCAACGAACGCCAGAUGAGUGUGGUCACGCACGUGUUGAUCAAUAAGACUGACAAGUAUGGCGUGAAGGCGUCCUAUGUCCACGGCGAGGACGACUUGAGGGUGAGGGAACACAGCGUCAACCUCGAGCUCUACCUUCCUGGGCGUCAGUACAAGCUCCAUACUGAAAUAUCCAUCGGGACCGUCAUCACCGUUGUCAAUGAUAUCCAUCUCGAUAGGCACCGUGACAUCCAUAUGCGAGUGACGGCAGACAUUCUUCAGCCCAGGCAACGGGGGCUCAAAGCGCUUCUCAAUUGGGACGCUAACAGGGAUCCCAAUCAGAAACUGGACAUCGAGGUCAGGUACGAGACACCGAAUGACAGGCAGGUGACGAUAUUACUGGACAGCGUGUUAAGCUUCCUGGGCCAGCAAUACCGUGCUAACUGGAGAACCAAUAAGCUAUUACAGUACAUCGACCGCGACAUGAUCUGGGAACACAAAAACGAGGGCUCUCUCAGCUGGAUGGAACCGAACCUUCGAGUGCAGGAGAUUGCCACUAACUUCACCAUCAGGUUCCGGCGUGGAGAUACCGCAGAGUUGUAUGGCAAAGUGGACAUCACGACGCCUUUCAUACACUGGAAGCAGAACUAUCUUGAGGUCAAAUACGCCCGCGACAUGGACCACAUCGAGAGCAGUCUCCGCUCGCGCUGGCACGACGGGGAGUUCCUCGACCUCCAACUGCUGGCGAAGAAGACGAUCGACGCCUCCACCUUCAGGAUCGAGACCAAGCUGGACGUGAGCUCGUCCUUCGAGGGUUUGGUCAGCGCCAGCACCGGCAUCAGGCUCGAGAAAACGCCAGGGAUCAUUGAUACAAAUAUUUACAUACAGUGGGACACAGACAGACUGGAACUAGCUCUCGAGGGCAAGGAUGACAGCUAUUACGACCAACUACGGUAUUCUGUCUUCGGCCAAGUCUUGACAACCAUCGAAGGCUACAGGGACAUGUCAAUUGCCCUCGACCUGGCCAUCCUUCCGUCUGCCAUUGACACCCGUGCCAAGGCCAAGUGGGAAGGGCACGAGUAUAAGCUCCGUCUGACGGGGGAGGCCUACAGUGGUCUGGACUACCUACGAGGCAAUCUGACAGUGACUUCCCUACAGCAGGAGGAUUUUGUGAAAGCCAAUAUUAGGGUGUAUCACGAUCCAGCUGAUGUCGAGGAAAAACUUUCGCUGGUCGUGAUGUGGCCCGGACAGGAGGCUCGUGUAGAGGGCCAAGUGGCCACGCUCCCUCAGCACUUCAAAGCUGGCAUUCAAGUGGACACGACUUUUGAGGAGAUACGGCGGGCUGUUAUCGUGCUGGGCCAUUCGAAGGACCAGAAUAUUAAGACCGAAGCCCGAGUCAAGUGGAACGACAAAGUUGACGCCGGCUUCGUCCUCCUCGGCCAAGUGACUUCGCUUUCGGACUUCCUCGUCAGCUGCACCAUCCUCACGCCCUUCCCGGGAUACGAGGUUAUUACAGGCGAGGUCAGGAACUUGUUUACGCUCGAUCCGGAGGUGCGAGUCAAUCCCAGGAUCUAUGGCCAGAUCGGAGAGAGGAAGUAUGGCCUCGGCGCCCGCUACGAACAAGGACAGCUUCCCCGCCUGCGCAUCGCCUUCGAACUCUACACGCCCUUGCCGGAGCUACAUACAGUCGUCCUCGACCUCUGCGACAACACCACGUCCUCCGAGAUCAAGUACGACCUCACCAUGAAGUACGGCCCCACCAAGCAAGUUCGGCUCAGUCUGGAAACGGAGAGGAAGGGCAACGGCUUGCAGGGCCAGGCGAUGGCGGUGUUGCCCCUUCAGUCGCUGGACGAACGGCUGAGCGACGCGACCCUGGAGGCGGUCGGCGCCAUCUUCUGGGAACCGGCGGCCGAGCUCAACCUCACCUUCUCCUCCCAGACUGACGUCACUACCAAGCUCUCUGUGAUCGGGAGCUUCCCUCGCGUCGACGCCGGAGAGUUGCAGGUGACGAUGAACACUCCUGUAGAAGGCUACGAGAACCUGGACUUCAUGUGCGAGUACCGCCUGCCGACCGUCGACGAGGAGGGCCACUUCAACGGCAGGCUCAGCACCACGAAGGGCGGCGUGUUCCAGCUGCAGGCCAGGGGCACCACGAGGGACCUCAGUGGCUCCUUCUCCUCGCCCUUCGAGCCCUUCCAGACUGGCAGCUUCAUGUGGAAGUUGUCUUCAUCUGCGUGUAAACUUUUUUUCGACGGCACGCUGGAGACGCCGUGGGAGGACCUGGAGCGCUCUACCCUUCGCCUGGAGGGGAAGGCCCAGCAAGGCGGCUACAGGAACCAGCUGGUGUUGGAGGGCGCCGGGAGGGUCUACCAGGGCACGCUCUUCCUCAAGUACCAAAGUGAUGACGAGUGGGACGUCAGCGUCGAGGUGUCGCGCCAGUUCGGGUCGCAGCAGUCUCGGUACACCCUCCAGACGGGGCUCACCAACACGGGCCGCCAGCCCUUCAAGCUCACCUUCCACGUGACCACACCGCACCAGGGCUUCCAGGAGGUCAAGUUCAACGUCGAGUUGAGACGACGAACUCCGUACAAGCUGAAUCUGGGCUGGGGCACGUCCGUAGGUUCCGGAAACAUCGAGAUGAUCUUCAGGAAGCUCUCCUUCAGCGAGGUCGAAGGGACGCUCUCCCUGACGAUGCCACAGGAACAAGGACCCGACAGGUUCUACACCCUUGAGCUCCAGCUGACCAACGGCUUCACGCAGGACACCAUCGACGUGACGUGCGCGCUCGACUUCAAGAGCAACCAGGAGUAUUGGGACCACUUGGUCGUGAAGGGUAUAGUACGACAGGUGACCUAUGACCCCGGGGAGCUGAGUCUGUACCUGCUGUGGCCGGGCGCUGACCCAAUCUCGUUCACGGCCGUUGGGGAGCACUACGACGACUUCCAGGUCAUCAAGCCCACCGUCACGCUCGACCUCACCAGGUCGCGCUACAGUUUCGCGGGAGAGAUGCGGAAGAAGGGCAGCGAGCUGAACCUGACCGGGACGCUGGACUGGAGGCGCGGCUCGUCCGACCCCCAGAAGGUGGUGCUGCACUCGGGCUUCGUGUUCUCCGACAACGCCAUGGACGGGAAGGUCACCCUGGACCUGCCUAUGGUCAGGGGAUGGAACAAGAACCAGGCGGAUAUCCAUUUUGAAACUCGCGAAGGGCGACACUGGUUCACCGUGAACAUGGAAACCGGCCCAGAAGUGACCACUAUCAAGGGUAACAUGUUGGCCAACGGGUUUCCGGCUGGAGAUGGAGAGAUCACCGUCGCGUCAUCUCUCAAGUGGGACAAACAGCCACUGACACUUAACUUUAAGCAAGAACUGACAGAGGAUGGUUACGAGGGCGACUACCACCUGGAGUGGCCCUACAAGCACAACUCGACGUCACCCUGGGAUCGUCGCCCCGUCCACGCCUCGCUCAAGCACAACUUCCUAGAGUCUGGACACCGCGGGGCGCUCCAGGUCAACGGUUCCUUCACGAUGGACAAGCCUGUACAGAUCAGCUACGAGUUCACGUUCCCUUCGAGCGGCGACGUGCGGGUGGUGAUGGGCGUGUCCUUCGGCGUCCUGGCCGUGAGCGUGAAGGCCGAACGCAAGACCGCGGUGCUGGGCGACGGCAUCCUGAGGCAGAGGACGGCGCUCGAGAUCGACAACUUCCUGUGGCCCUUCGGUAUCUCGUCGACGAAGGAGACCAAGCAGAAGUCAGACACCGAGCGAGAGAGAGUGACAACACUGGAGUUAUAUGAUUUGCAGAACGCUGAAAGUCGAGUUUGCGUUUCCUUUGCCCAUAAUUCUGCUCAGUCAGGGAGACAUUUCUCUGUCAAAGGUAAUGCCCUGGGCCGGGAGAUCGUCUUGGCCGCGGGUUACGUGCUGACGUCGAGGAACUUCAGCAUGGACUUCCUCCUCUCGUGGUCUGAGCAGGAGAGGAUCGAAUUCAACAUCGUCUGGGAGGAUAUGUCGAGGGGAUUCACCAAAGAGCACAAACUCAAGGGCAAGUUCUCGCAGCCCUACCGCACUGUCCUCCUCGACGGGUCUUACAAGAGGUCGAGGAAGAACAUUGACGCUUUCGUGAAAUUCAACUGGGACGGAGACAGCCCGAGCGGCGAGGAAGAGAUCUCGGGUCGGCUGCAGUGGGCGGACGAGAGCCUCAGCCCCAACCGUCUCCACAAGGCUUCCGUUAGCUUCGCUCAUCCUCUCCUGGAGGAGGACAUCAAACUGAGCGCCGAGCUACGACAGAACAUCCGGGAACUCUUGGCCUUCAUCAUGAAGCUCGAAUACUCUCCCGAAGAGCAUCAUGACGUCGUCGGCGAACUGCUCAUCACCAGGGACACAACACACGAAGGCGCAGCGCUCUUCGGUACCAAGGCGUCUCUCGAGCACCAGGCCUCGCAGUUAGAGCUUCGAACCAACGGCUCACUGACCCUGGGCGGAGGCAAGUACGCCCUCCUGCAGAAUUUCCUCUACACCAACAUCACCGGCCACGACCAGACAGCCAAGCUCCUGGCCGCCCUCGAUCGCAUGCAGAAGACCGUGCAUGCUUCGCUGGAGACGUGGAAGAAACUUGUUGACAUCCACGUGGAGGUGGAAGAGGACCCGAACGGGCGGUGGACAGUGGUCGCGACCGGAGUGCCAAACCAGAAGGUGCCACUCCUGACGCACCUGGAGAUGUCGUCGGCCCAUCCCGUCCUCACCAUAACCUUCGAUAACCUGCUCUCCAACGACACCGUCUAUGAUACGUCCUUCCCUAGGUACAUCGCAGAACAGGUCGUUCUCGAGGGCGGCGUAGAGGACCUCCGUCACGCCAAGUUCUCCAUGAGGCACAGGAACCCGACGUGGCUGAGUGAGGGCGAGGUCCCGAGGCCACUGUGGGAGACGGACGCUGACUUCUCCUUCAAGCUGAACCACUCGCGCCUCCUGACGUCGCACUUGGUGUGGAGGACGGAACUCGUGGAGGAAGUUAUGAGCGAGAUGGGAGAGCUGAUCGGCGCCUCCUACGACCUCCGACUCAGCGUGGAAGACUGGCUGAAGGUGUCGGCUCAGAAGGCGGGGGAGGAGGCCCUGAAGCGAGCUGAGCCUAUCCUGCAGGACGUGGCAUCCGUCUUCAAGCCUCUUCUUGUUGAUUUCAAAAACGAGUCGCGGGAGUUCCUGGACGACCUGUGGCUCCUCUACUCCAACAUCAACAGGACGACCAUGGAGCUCAGAUACCAGCAGUCACUCACCUUCAUCAUCGACAAAGUCAUGGACACUUUGGAGAACGUCAAAGCGUUCAAGAACAUUCGCCAGAGGCUGGAGGGAGGCGCGCUCAGAGGUCAGGUCAAGACUCUGGUCGAGAAGAUACGCAGCAUCUACGAGCAUCUCUUUAGCUCGGAUCCAUCCGGGCCUGGUUUGAUGUCCAAGCUGAAGUCCCUUUUCUCCACUUUCGCCCAAAUGUACGACCAGUUCGCCAAGCGCCUGUACCUCCGAGCGAGCCAGGCCGUGCAAGGUUUCACGGACCGCGUCGGGGAGUGGCUGAGACGCAAGUGGCAGGCGGUCUACGACAACUACAAGCCUCAUAUCCUUCGCACUUUCGACAACGUGGAGACUCAGGCUUGGAUCUUCGCGGAAAAUCUUAUGGACUGGCUCCAGAAAGUCGGCCUUGAGGUCAAGUCGUCGGCCUACUACCAGAAGAUCGCCGAGAUCGUGACGUACGUGGAGGGCAUCUACAAGGACUUCACCGAGAAAUCCAAGCGGGAGAACCUGGAGAAAUACUACACCAUGUUCGUCGAGAAGAUGAAGAGCGGGUUCAAGAUGCUCGUCGACGGAGUUGCUCCUUUCGUGCAAGACUGGAUCGACGAGUUGCAGACGGCUUGGGCUAAACUCUUGCAAUAUAACCAGAUUGCAAGAAUUAAGGAUGCUGUUCUUGCUGCCAUUGAUAAGGUGGUGUGGACCGUCCGCUACGUCGACAUCCGUGGUCACCUGAUAGAUGCUGCGGCCUUCAUCUUGGAGCACGGCCACACCAUCGUCGCGCAGACCAGCAUCCAGGCGUCGCAGAAACACAUCGUUGCCAAGACAAACUUCCUGUUCACGCCGUCCCAAGGAAAAGUGUUAUUGGUUCAGAAAUUACCUGUUGACUGGCACGCCUUCAACGUUAAGCCAAACUGGAGGGACUUACCGGAAUACAAGAACAUCCAGUGGGUGAGGGACACGUUCUUCUCCACCUCCAACACGACCAUUUUGGAUAAGUUCUAUAAGUACUGGAACCUCAAUUUCAACCCUGUUACUUGGGUUCCGCCGUUCCCUGCGACCGGCUACAUGAUCGGCGAGCAGCAUUUCAUGACCUUCGACGGGCACCACCUUGAGUUCAAGGGCCGAUGCCAGCACGUCCUGGUGGCGGACAUGGUGGGCGGAGAGUACGCCGUGGCUGUCAACUACCACAGCCACUCCUCCAGGACAAUCGUCGUUUACAUCGGAGGCUCCGAGAUCGAGCUGGCGUCCGACUUUAGGGUGACAGUGGACAGACAACCGACGGAGCUGCCAGUGAGCGUAGAGGGCGCCACUGUGGACCGCUGGCUUCACAAGAUCGAGGUGCGGACGGACCACGGGCUGCGCAUCAACUGGAACCUGGCACAUGACGUCCUCUCCAUCAGCUUGUCCGGCACCUCCUUCGACAAGACGGGCGGCCUGCUGGGGACCUACAACCACGAGCCCAAGGACGACCAGCAGCUGCCCGACGGAACCCAGACGGAUGUCGUGCACGUCCUGGCGCAGGGCUGGGACGUCAGCAGGGGCGCCUGUCAGUCCGGAGGGAACCUAGCCGUGGGCGCCUCCAAGGUCGAGGUGGACACCUGCCAGCAUCUGUUCCAGGCCAAGACCUCGCCCUUCAAGCACUGCUUCUUCCAGGUGGACCCAACGCCAUAUCUCCACAUGUGCAUGGUGGAUUACCGGAACGAGGACCGCGACACUUGCACAGCUGCCACGGCGUACAUGGAGGCGUGCUCCAGGAACAACAUCCCGGUCAAGAUCCCGGUGUUCUGUGUAGAGUGCGUGUACGAGACCGACGACGGUGAAACGCACACCCUGGAGGAGGGCACGUCGACGAUGCUGGAGGUGGACGACAUCCUCAAGUCGACGGACGUGGUGCUCCUGGUGGAGGACGGCGCGUGCAACGAGGGCUUCGCCUCCAAUAAGCCCCUAAACCGCUUCGAGAGUUUCAUCAACGCCAUGGACGAGGAGCUGGCGAAGAACGGUCUCCGGGAUGUGAGAUACGCCAUGAUCCUGUACGGAGGGGAAAGCCUCCACGCGCAGCCGUCCAUCGCCACCGUCGACAACCAGAUCUUCACGGACGCCGCCAACAUCCACAGGGCUCUCGAUCGGGUGGAAUUCACUAGCGCAACCGACGCGGAGGACUACUGGCGAUCUGAUGCGUUCGAAGCCUUCAACUUCGCCGCUGACCUGACCUUCCGUGCUGGCGUGAGCGUGACCUUCGUGCUGUUCCCGUGCAGGUCGUGCAAGCCCAGCAUCCCCUCUAUGGACUACAGCACCAUGUACCACAUCCUCCUGGAAUAUUCCAUAACUCUCCACGUCUUUAACGAUGAGCUCUUCGAUAUUCCAAAAGCCAAGGAGAAGAGCAAGCUGUUCGGCAUGGACAGAGACAACGCCUUCACCGUCAAGGACUCUAAGAGGACGUUCACCGGCGACCAAGCCCUUCGCCGCCAGCUCACGACUCCCAAGGACAGCCUCGGCUACUGCGCCCCCUUGGCUCUGGAGACUGGAGGCUCGAUCUUCACCAUGUCGCCCAUCAAGCAAGCGAAGAAGAGGCUGAAGAAGCAGAUCGAGAAGGUGGCCAUCGUGUUCGGGCGGCGCGUGGCCCAGACGGCGAAGCCCCAGAGCCGGAAGAGGUGCGUCUGCGUCCCGAGUACAGCCGACGGCGCCGCGAGCGUGCAGUGCGACAACUGGGAUAGCGGCCAGCUGUCCAUUCUCGCCAUGUACGGCAACCUGACAGACAUGCAGCCUGACUUCGAGACAAACCUGGACGAGGUCGGGACGUGUCAGCGGCGUGACAGCCAGGGAGUCUGCGUGCAAAGAAUAGAGAGCUGAACGAUAAAGGACAUUGUUUUGUCUUAGGCACAAUAGGACUAAGAUUUUUUUUUUCUUCUUAGAAUGUAAGAAUAUCUUUUUUUAGCAGGUGGCAUUGUUAAGGCGUUGAUAGAUAGUUUGGUAUAGAGUAAGGAUAUAUGCAUAUAGCUUCGUGGUACAGAAUUAAAUUGUGGAAUAAAGUGACAUACACGCUUAAGAACGAGCUGAUUUAUACACUUGCACUGAGACACUCACACUCACUCUUGCGUUCACUUUUGCAUUCUCUCUCUCUCUCUCUCUCUCUCUCUCUCUCUCUCUCUCUCUCUCUCUCUCUCUCUCUCUCUCUCUCUCUCUCUCUCUCUCUCUCUCUCUCUCUCUCUCUCGCUCUCUCUCUCUUUCUGUCUCUCUUUCUGUCUCUCUCUUUCUGUCUGUCUGUCUGUCUCUCUCUCUCUCUCUUUCUGUCUCUCUCUGUCUCUCUCUCUCUCUGAUUCUCUCUCUCUCUCUCUCUGAUUAUCUCUCUCUCUCUCUCUCUCUCUCUCUC